GAGAGGUCGCCCUUCGAAGGAUCCUGCUGCGGCUCAUCCUACGUCUCUUCCGAGUCCUCCUUGGAGAUCACCAAGUACAGGGUGGUGAUGUUAGGAGAAUCGGGUGUGGGCAAGACAUCACUGGUGACGCAAUUCAUGACGUCAGAAUACAUCAACACCUAUGACGUGUCUCUAGAUGACGAGUUCGGCGAGAAGAGCGUGUCGGUGCUGCUCGACGGCGACGAAAAUGAGGUCACCUUCAUAGACCAUCCGGCGCACGAGAUGUCGGUCGAGAACUGCCUGUCAACCUACGACCCCCACGCGUGCGUCGUCAUCUACUCCAUCACGGACAAGGCCUCCUUCAAGAAAGCCGAGGACAUCCUGAACUACUUGUGGCGGGAGGACUACACCAAGGAGAAGGCGGUGAUCCUCGUGGGGAAUAAGGUCGACCUUGCGAGAUCCAGAGUCGUCAGCACGGACGAGAGCAAGGCGUUGGCUUCCUGUCACGACAGCAAGUUCAUAGAGACGUCGAGUGGGAUUCAGCACAACGUCGACGAACUGCUGGUCGGCAUCGUCAAGCAGGUGCGGUUGCGACUCGCGGCCCAGAGGAAGCGCCUCAAGAAGAUGUCCUCCUCCAAGACGUCGCUGAGCCUCCACGCCGCCAAGGAGCUCCUCAGCAAGAUGUGUCUCCUCGACAACAAGUCCAAGUCGUGCGAGAACCUCCACGUCUUGUAA